AAGAUCUACUCGUCGGAACUCCACCAUGGCCGUCCAAGAAACACCUGUGUCGCGACGACUCAAGUCAGUCAAACAUGUUAUCAUAGUGUGCUCGGGCAAAGGUGGUGUCGGAAAAUCUUCUGUGUCUACUCAGCUUGCGCUCAGCCUCCAUGCAUCUUCUUCCAAUGCUCGAGUCGGGAUUCUCGAUGUCGAUCUUACCGGUCCGUCAAUACCACGCAUGCUUGGUCUGGAUGGGCAUGGUGUGCACCAGAGCAGCGAUGGAUGGGUCCCUGUGUACGCAGAUGCGCGUGGGGAUGGUGAACCCAGGCUUGCGUGCAUGAGCGUCGGAUUCUUAUUAAAGAAGAAGGGGGAUUCAGUAGUUUGGAGAGGGCCGAAGAAGAACGCCAUGAUAAGGCAAUUCCUGAGCGAUGUUAGGUGGGGAGAUCUUGAUUACCUCGUCGUAGACACACCUCCAGGAACAUCUGACGAGCACUUGUCGCUGAUCGAACAUCUUGCACCGGUGCACUCACGGCUGUCCGCCAUCAUUGUUACCACUCCGCAGGCAGUUGCGCUACUCGAUGCGAUGAAAUGUCUCUCGUUUACUCGAGCUGUCGCACUCCCUGUCCUUGGACUUAUCGAGAACAUGAGUGGAUAUGUAUGUCCAUGCUGCGGAGAGGUUAGCAAUGUGUUCUCUACAGGUGGAGGUGCAGAAAUGGCCAGACGAGAAGGGGUGCCAUUCCUCGGCAGUAUGCCUAUCGACACGGAGCUGGUCACAUUGUUGGAUGCUGCCGAGUCGACAGAUCCAGGGGCCACUGAUGGAAUACACGACGAAGCCAGCGAACUUCGUUCCUUUGGAGUUUUGCAACGAUAUCAGGAGACAUCGUCCGCGAAAAUUCUAAGUGUGCUUGUUGAGAAGCUCAUAUCGACGCUGUCAUCGGUAGAGCACGCGCCGGUGAGCAACUCGGCGUAAAGAGUCUCAACAGGUAUGUCACUAGACCGACUUUAUCGAACUUGUAUACCGUUGAUGGUGUAUCCUUAGAGUGUAUCCCGAUACUGGUCAAUGUAUAUCAGGUCAUACCUUGCGCGUGCUGACACGGCUUCCUCGGGGGAGAUUGAAGUUUAUCUAGAUAAGUAUCUGAUCAGCGAGAGGUCAGCAGCAAAUCAUACUCAUUGAACAUCACUAGCACAUUCUACCAUCGGAACACAUGACAUUAAUAUUGCACUGUGAUUCUGCAUUUGCUGUGAAGCUCCUUCACACGACGAACGGCCUUGUAAUGACCCUACACACCAGCCUUAAGUAGGUUGUACUAUUUUCACACUGUAAAUCAAUCGCUUGGUUCUUCAA